AAAGAGUCAAAGUACUAUUUGCAUGUUGGACAAUGAUAAAUCGCAAUUCCCAGAGGGAUCAUUAGCAAAGACAGUCACAGACAUGAUGUUAUCAUGGAAGGGAGUCGUGUGUCUGCUGUUUGGGUUAAUCAACGCCUUCUCCAACGCUCAAGGAGGCAACUGCCCUGAUGUCAAAUUUUUUGAAAAUGGGGAUUUAAAUGUGGUUUCCAUACAAGGAUGUUCUGGUGUGCCUGGACCGCCUGGUUCAAAGGGAGAACCUGGACCACAAGGGCUACAAGGUGUUACUGGAUUUAUUGGGGCUACCGGGUAUCCUGGAGCCACAGGUCCAAUUGGAUCUCCUGGGAACAAUGGGUUACCAGGGCUCCCUGGUCCUAAAGGGCCACCAGGACAGCCGGGAAUACCAGGAGCUAGAGGCGAUAAAGGAGACAAAGGGGAGUGCAUCAUUGAAGCUCAGGGUCCUCGUAAUUGUCUGGAACUUCUCAACAGCGGGUUCCUUCUUUCCGGCUGGUAUACCAUAUAUCCAGACAGUGGGUCACCGAUGGCUGUUCUAUGUGACAUGGACACUGAUGGUGGAGGAUGGAUCGUUUUUCAGAGACGUAGGGAUGGCUCUGUGGAUUUUUACCGUGAUUGGGAAAGCUACAAAAAAGGGUUUGGCAGUCAACUGGGCGAUUUCUGGCUCGGAAACGAUAACAUCCACCGUCUUACAGCAAAGGGUUCAUCCACACUCCAUAUUGACUUAGAAGAUUUUGAGGGCAUAUCGAAGUACGCCACAUACAGUGACUUUUUUAUUGAAGAUGAGUCUAAAGAAUAUGUUCUCCAUUAUGGCAGCUUUACUGGUGGUACUGCAGGUGAUUCACUGCAGCUUCAAAAGGACAGCGGAUUUUCAACAAAAGAUCGCAACAAUGACAAGACAAAUGAAAGCCAGCCUCCCUGCACAGAUCUCUACAAAGGCGGCUGGUGGUUUGCAGAUUGUCACUUUUCUCAUUUGAAUGGGGAAUAUCUGAGUGGCGCUCAAGAUAUCAUGAGUAGAGGCAUUAUCUGGCACUCUUUUCGGGGGAGCUCCUACUCACUAAAAGCCACACAAAUGAAGAUCCGUCCUGAUAAAUAAUCACGUCAACUUUUUCAAAUUCCAUUUUUACCUUUUUUAAAUUUUUCAUAAAAAAACAAGUAGUGGAAUGGCCCAGUAGGUGCAGGGGAGGUUUUAUGUGACCAAUGUUACAUAGUAAAAAGCAUGUGACUUGCCAUGGCCUGCAAUAGUAAGGGGGUCCACGAUGACAAUAUUGAUAGUGUUAUCUAUGGCUGUUUGGCAUGGUAGAUCUUGACAUCGAUUUAUUCUGCAAUAAGAUAACUUGUUUUCAGUUCAAGAUUUAUUAUUAAGAUGUUAAACAUUUCCAAUAAAAAAAAUAAAAAAAUAAAAAAA